AUGCCAUUAUCCGAAAUUAUCACCUCACCCCCACCCUCACUCCCACGCUCGCUUUCGGGGGCUUCUGGGUCUGGAAUCAGCAAGGAGGACACAGGCGGUGGCUAUGGCAAGGUGUCUACCAGGGCAUGGAUCUGGCAAGAACGCCUCCUUGCUGAAAGAACGAUAUUCUUCACCCCUUCUGCCCUAAAAUUCGCAGCUCAAACUCCAGAGGAAUUGGGAGGCCAGCUUUGCGGAGCUGGGCCAGUGCCUUCUUCCGGAGGCGCUCUUCCUUCCGGGCCUCAACUCCAGCUCUACGGAGCUGCCUCUGGGCCCGGUUUGCAGCCUGGCGGGCUACCCGAGCUUCUUUGGCUCGGAGCUUCCGGGCCUGAAGCUCGUAAGCGUGGGUAGCUGUAAACUCACCUCCAACCUGAAGUCGGUCCCGGCUCCGGCUUGCCCGCUUCUUCGAGUCCUCCACCUGCCUCCGAACAGCCCGUAGGUCUAGCUCUUGGAGCUGACCUGCCACUACUACGUCUUCUGUGCUGGCAAGCCAAUUCUGGUAGCUCUCCUUCGAGGGGCUGCUAAAGCCUCUAUAACCCAGUGUUUCCAGUGCUGUAGCCCCUCUUCUACCCAC